AUGUCAGAAGGGGAGAGCAAGGACAGCUCGGGCAGUGAGUGCCCCGUGUGCUAUGAGAAGUUCCGGGACCUGGAGGGCGCCAGCCGGACGCUGAGCUGUGGCCAUGUGUUCUGCCAUGACUGCCUGGUCAAGUACCUGCUGUCCACCCGCGUGGAUGGGCAGGUCCAGAGGACCCUGGUCUGCCCCAUCUGCCGCUACGUCACAUUCCUCAGCAAGAAGAGCUCCCGCUGGCCCUCCAUGCUGGACAAGAGCUCCCAGACGCUGGCUGUGCCCGUGGGCCUGCCCUCCGUGCCCCCACUGGACAGCCUGGGCCACACAAACCCCCUGGCCGCCUCCUCGUCUGCCUGGAGGCCACCUCUGGGCCAGGCCAGGCCGCCAGGCAGCCCGGGCCAGAGCGCCCAGCUCCCCCUGGACCUGCUGCCCAGCCUGCCCCGGGAGCCACAGAUCUUUGUCAUCAGCCGCCACGGGAUGCCCCUGGGGGAGCAGGACAGCGUGCUGCCCCGCCGCAGCCUGGCAGAGCUCUCGGAGGCCUCCCUGGCGCCCCGCUCCGCCCGCGCCUUCUGCUGCCGAUCGCGGGCCCUGCUGCUCAUCACGCUCAUCGCUGUGGUGGCCGUGGUGGCCGCCAUCUUGCCCUGGGUGCUGCUGGUGAGGAAGCAGGCGUGAGCCGCACCUCAGGGAGGCCGCCGGGCUAGCCGUGGCCUGGGGUGGGACAGGAGGCCCACGGCAGCCCUGGUGCCACCAAGCUCCGAGGGGCACGCAGGCAGGCAGAGGGGAGGACCUGGGCACAAAGAGGGCCUUGGGCUUCCCCGACCCCCGCAGGGGCUUCCGCUCGACAGAGAGGCUGGAGCUGACUCCAUGCGCGCGGCGCGUGUUCCCCACGUGAAUCCUCAGCAGAUGCGUUCCCCUUCCUCUAGGCUGGGAAGAUGGGUGGUCACUGCCCUCCUGCAGGCUCACCAGCCCUGAGCGGCAGACCUUACCUGCCAGGUGACCUGCCCAAAGCCAGGUGGGCCCCUCCAGG